AUGACUUUGAAUGCGAAGUUGCUUCAGAAGAGCAGCUGUUCAGAUCGCUAUGACGAGAAUCCCAUAACAGAUUUGGCACCGCGGUGCACCGGAAAUAGCCACAGGAAUCACUCGCAGGAGUGGCCGGAGGAACCUUUCUCAGCCGCCGCUGAUCAGAAUCGGAACAACUUGCAAAGAACCACUCAUCGGCACCACCGGCUGGGCCCUCUUGGUGUGCAGGAAGAUCAGCUUCUCGUAGAUGGGCCGGACUUUGGACGGGAUCUUGCCAUCGAGAAGGUCGACUUGCCCCCACCGUGGGAGAAGCGGCGUGUACGGGGUGGGGGCGACCGGCCUGGACGGAUGUACUUCCUCGACCCCAGGUCGAAGCGCACAACCUGGAAAGACCCAAGGUUCUUGCCAGACAGCUGGGACCAGCGCGUUGACUCAGGAAGUGGCAAGGUCUAUUUCCAGUACCACAAAACUCGGAAGACCACUUACGUGGAUCCGCGUAGCUGCCCCGUGGGCUGGGACAUGCGCCUUUCAAAGGAUGGCGAGAUCUACUUCGCCUACCUCCCGGCCAUGCGCACGACCCUCAUCGAUCCACGAGGUUUGCCAGACAACUUCGAUGCUGCCCUGGAUGACAGCGCCAGGAUGUACUUCAAGAACCAUGAGAACCAGACCACGACAUGGGAUGACCCUCGGAGUGGCCAGCAGGAGGUGACUUUGACCAAGUGGAGACAGGCACAGUCCACGCGAUGGUGGAAAGAGCAGGUGUGGAGGGAGAUCGAGGAGAUGAACAGGAGGAAGGAGGAGGAGAAGACCACUGAUCCAGGAGACGACCCAGAAAUAGUUCUGGAGCGAGGAACCUCCUGA